GGUUAGUUUACACCUGGUGCCAAGGAGACAAAUGUACACAAAUACUCCAACAACAACGAAAACACUAAUGCAACAUCCUAAUUCACACAAGCAGCAAGUGAUAAACCCGGGAAACCAGACUCGUGGGUAUUAAAGUCUAUUAUAGCCAUUUUCGUACAGGAAAUUCCUGCAGGAGUUUGGAAACAUGCCAGAUGCAAAGUCUGAUAUGGAGCGAGUUGGGCUUUUCCAGGAAAUGAGCUACAUCUCCAUAGGGGACAAAUACAACCCCUUAACUCAGCGUGCCUUUAAUGACGCUGCAUAUAAAAAUAAGCAGAUGUUGGUCAGUGGCCCGAAGAAGAAAUCAGCACUCCAGGCUGGCUAUUUUGACACUCGUUUCAAGCGGAUUUUUGAGAACGAGGCAAUGACAGACCUUAUCAAAAUCCAAAGGCAGUACCAGAUUCAGCAGGCUAAGAAGAACUUAACAAAGGCAUUUUUGCCCAACAACGGGGAAAAGAAAGCCUCAGGUACUGGCAGUUACUACGGAACGUUUGGUGGUCCUGUUAAAGCUAUGAGUCCCCUACAGAUGCCAAAGAUGAGAUACAAAUCCCCAGGCAAGAACAUAUACACCAGUCCACCCAAGAAAGGAAGUGGAUAUGGCUUUCCAGGUGUCACACUGUCCAAAUUGGAAUUAUAUUCUUCUGACCCCUAUGAUCGAGUAAGAGAGCUGCUAAAGCGUGAGAUGACAGCUCACAAAUCUCAGAUGAAAGGGGGGCCAUUUCGUUUGAACCUUUAUCCAAAGGAAUGUUUCGAUAGCAAUCCUUACAAGUUUAAUAAACCUCUGCCACUUUCAAACAUUGCAGCGGAAAAAAAGACACACUUUGCUGUGCCUUUCAAACCAACGUCUCCUAGCAAAAGGAUUGGAGGAAUGAAAGCAGGAACAUUCGAUCCAUACCCGUCCCAUUCCACAGACCACUACAUCAUUAAGAAGCCAAAGUCUGAUGUGAGCACGAAUAAGGGGAUCAAAAUCUUCCACCCAUCGCCUGGUCCAAAGAGCACUCCAGUGAAAAGCAUUAUCUCUCUCAAUGUUAACAAGUUUGUGAACUCGACAAACUACAAUCAAGUCCCCUCUGUAAUGGCUUAUUAAGUGGCAAUAUCUGAGUCCUCUGAUGUUGGAAAUCUGAAGAAUUCUUAUGGAUGCAAGUAGAAUAUAAGACUGUUAAAGCCGGGGAGGUAGACAAAAGUAAACCAUCCUUUUCAUCCUUUUCUUACAACUUUCUUUAAUCUUUUUGUCAUUUUUAUAUUGUGAAGUAUGGGCUCAGUUCAGAAGAUAAGGCAAUAAAGCCUGGCAGGGCAAUGAUGCUCACUUUGGUCAUAUUUGCAAACAGACUGUAGAACAUCUAACACUUUGAAUGUUUUAGAAGAUUUACUUUCAGAACAUGAUAGAAC